GAGUACGUAGCUGCUUUCUGCGUAAGUAUCCACUUUGCUACUGAUGUCACAUCCUAUUUCUAGCUUGUUGACGAUGAAGUCUUUCUUUUACAGUCGCAGACGCAAGACGCCUUCUCAUGCUCAAUUUGUAUCAUCUAUGCUUAUAAUUGUGCAUCUUCAAAACUAAAGCUGAGCGACAGUAGUUUUCGUGUUAAUGGCACGUCGACG